AUGUCAAUCAGACAGCAAACAAUCAAUGACGAUUCCCUGGACUUGCCUACAAAAGUCGUUAGUCAGAAUCCUAGGAGGUCUAUGUCAAUCAGACAGCAACCAAUCAAUGACGAUUCCCUGGACUUGCCUACAAAAGUCCUUAGUCAGAAUCCUAGGAGGUCUAUGUCAAUCAGACAGCAACCAAUCAAUGACGAUUCCCUGGACUUGCCUACAAAAGUCCUUAGUCAGAAUCCUAGGAGGUCUAUGUCAAUCAGACAGCAACCAAUCAAUGACGAUUCCCUGGACUUGCCUACAAAAGUCCUUAGUCAGAAUCCUAGGAGGUCUAUGUCAAUCAGACAGCAACCAAUCAAUGAUGAUUCCCUGGACUUGCCUACAAAAGUCCUUAGUCAGAAUCCUAGGAGGUCAAUGUCAAUCAGACAGCAACCAAUCAAUGACGAUUCCCUGGACUUGCCUACAAAAGUCCUUAGUCAGAAUCCUAGGAGGUCUGUAUCAAACAGACAGCAACCUAUCAAUGAGAGAUGUCAAAAUGGUAUUCAUUGA